UGCAGUGAACUUUUCUUUCUUUUUCCACAGCGACCGUCCAACUGCAGCAUGUCGCCGUCGUCGCGGCGGCUUCAGACGAAGCCGGUGAUCACCUGCCUGAAGACGUUCCUCAUCUCCUACAGCCUCAUAUUCUGGUUCACAGGCGUGAUCCUGCUGGCCGUGGGGGUGUGGGGGAAGGUGAGCCUGGAGGCUUAUCUCUCCCUGGUUUCUGAGGACAGCACCAAUGCGCCAUAUGUCCUGAUUGGGACCGGAGCCACCAUCGUUAUUUUCGGGCUGUUCGGCUGCUUCGCGACGUGCCGCGGCAGCCCGUGGAUGCUCAAACUGUAUGCCAUGUUUUUGACCUUGGUGUUCCUGACUGAGCUCGUGGCCGGUAUCUCGGGCUUCAUCUACAGACAUGAGAUCAAGGCCAAACUUGGCAAAGCCUAUGAAAAAGCCGUGGAGUCCUACAACAGCACCGACAGCCCCAGUGUUGCAGUUGAUGCCAUCCAGAGGACUCUGCAUUGCUGCGGGGUGAACCAUUUCACGGACUGGAACAGGACGAAAUACUUUGAGGAGAAGGGCAUCCCCGCCAGCUGCUGUAAAGACACGUCCAAGUGCUCGCCGGAGACCCUGAAAGACCUCAACAAGGCCGCGAAGGAGGUGUACACCGAGGGCUGCUUCUCACAGGUGACCACUGUGAUGGAGGCCAACCUGGGAAUUAUCGCAGGCAUCUCCUUCGGGAUCGCAUUCUUCCAGCUCAUUGGGAUCUUCCUGGCCUGCUGCCUGUCUCGAUACAUUACCAACAACCAGUAUGAGAUGGUCUAACAGUGACUUUGCACAGGUUACUGAUGAGCAGCUCCUGAAGGAAUCUCAUGUGAUUUUAAUGUCGUGUGUGUGUGUCCGUCAGUAUCAUUUUAGAGAGGGAAAAACACAGAAUACCAAACAGGAAGAAGGGGAGAUUAAAAAACUUGGACUUAAAAAGGGAUAAGACCUGUAGCAACGUUUGACCAAAACGAAAAGGGACCUGGACAUUCCUGAUAUCUGUUACUCACUCGAUUCAAAUGGGACAUUUCAGUUAACCACAAAUGUAAUGACGUAGACGUUGAUGAAUUAACUCUGUCGACUUUCCCUUUUCUCACGUCUUUAACGCUGCCUUUUUUUGUAAUUUUGCUAAAGUUAGUCUGUAGAGAUGAUGAAAUUUAGACAGCUGAUGAACUGGUGGAUAAGAGGGCGAGGACUUUUGAUUUAGAGGAAUAUGAGCCUUAGUGUUUGUAGGCAAGUGAUGUUGAGCGCCUGUGCUUCAUGUGUGCCAAUAAAAGCAGCCUAGCCAGCCUAAAGUCACAGAUUCAGUGUUACAUUGUUUUUUGGUUUUUUUGUGGAUGCAUGUGAAAAACUUGAAAAAAUAAAGAUUUGUUGUCCUUACUAAGAA